UGAUUCUUUCUACCGUACUACUUUCUUUUUUACCAGACAGCAGCCAUAUUUAUUUCGUUGAGACAAGAAGAAAACUUGCUGUUAUAACCAAAUACAUUUUAACGCAUCAGACAACGAAAAAGAAGCCAACAUGCGGACGAAAGUCCAACCAAAGAACUCAAGCGAGUAUAAAUGCUGUUUCUGUUGUCAUGUACGAACUGGAACAGUUAUUCUUGGAAUCCUGGAGCUGAUUGCCCAGGUAUUUGCCUUGAUGUUACUAGUGCUGGCAUUCAUUCAUCCAGAGAUACUGCAACAGUUCCAAGGUACAGACCCCACUACAAAUCCUGUGGUGAGCAGUACAACACCUAGCCCUGCUGUUGACUUUUUUGAGGUGCAAUAUGAUUCUAAAGCAGUGGAGCCAGCCUUGGAUGCAUUUGAUUAUGAUAUGAUGGACAAUCUGUACUGGCACCAACGCAAGUGGACGACAGAUGAUUUGUACAUUGGUAUGGCUGUAGUUCUUGGGAUUAUCUUCCUCACUAUCUGUCUCUUAUAUGGAGCUUUAAAGGGUCGUCCUGGAUAUUUGCUGCCCUUCUUUGCUUUCCAAGUUUUUGACUUUGCCCUAAACUGUUUGACCUUCAUUGGCUACAUCACUUACAUGCCUGAUGUGCAAGUUUACCUUAGAGAUCAGAAUUUCCCUGAUUGUCUGAAGGAACACUUGAUGAACUGUGAUCCUCAGCUUUUGUCCAUUGUGGUCAUUUCUAUCUUUGUCCUGUCGGUCUCUCUUAAGGCCUACUUCUUGGGGGUGGUUUGGUCUUGCUACAAGUAUCUGCAAGCUGUGGAUUGUGCAAACUCUGUUGUUGCCCAUUACAGUGACUCAGAGGCAGAGAUGCUGUUGCCCCCAAAAUAUGAAGAAGCCAUCAGCCAAAGUGAGAAUCCUCCUCCUCCAUACCAACCUGCAGAAUCUGCUUAAAUGCAACAUAGCUUCACACAACUUUGCUGAUAUUAAAGCUUUAUUUGGAUGAAUAUUACACACUGUUACUAAAGCUGUCUCCAUGUUGACUUCUAUAUAUCAAUUUGAAAGAAGGUUGAUGGACUUAACAUAUAUCUGUUUAGAAUAGAAUUCAAUUGUGUCAACUGCAGAAUGAGUUGACUAUUUAUGAAGGCUUGGAAACCCACACACUGAUAUGAAUGUGCAGCUCGAUGUACACUAGAACGCUGAACAAAGUUGAAUCUGUAACUUAAAUUUCCAAGUAAAGACCAUUUUAGACAAUGGGUCAUUGUGAUAUCUGAUGUUAUAUUCUUUGUAGAGUAUGAAAUGUAAAUUCUUCAUUGUUGUCCACUGAUCAAAACAUUUUAUUUAAGUGGGUCAGCUUUUAUGAUUAUGUAUUUAUGUUCUUUUGAGGGGGGUUUUAAAGAAGACUGGGUGGAAAGGAUGGGGGUUAGGUGAAGUAUUACCCAGAAUGUAAACUCGUAUAUUCUCUAAUGCUGUGCAUUUUAAAUCUAUGGGAUCUUGGUGAAAUAAAAUAUUUAAACGUG